UACUACUGCCGGGGGAAAUCAUCCACUGGUUUUCUAUGCGUCGCAAGAGACUUCUACUAUUCAAAUAAAAUCGGUAUGAGUAGUUGACAGUUAUCUUGAGCCUUUUAAAACUGUUUUGUCUUAAUUUUUUAACUAGCUACGAGCAUUUGUUAACCGUAUUUUUACUGCAGGCUACGCGUUUUCCUUUUUCAAAUCAGACAAAAAAGUUGCUGUUCAGUCUCAGCAGCUUGGAGCUGGACAGAAAUGAGCAGUCCUGAUGCUGGGUAUGCAAGUGACGAUCAGACCCAGGCAAGGUGCGCGAUGUCAAUCAUGAUGCCUGGUAUUGGACACUGUCAGUGGACAGACCCGCUCAGUCCUUUGGGGGAAGCGAAGAUUAAAAGCGAAUCAUGUUCUACGGGCUCUGGGAAUCAAAACAGAGGGAAAAGCGAACCGCGGAUCCGUCGACCCAUGAAUGCGUUCAUGGUGUGGGCUAAGGAUGAACGCAAGCGUCUGGCACAACAGAACCCUGAUUUGCACAACGCGGAGUUGAGUAAAAUGUUAGGAAAAUCUUGGAAAGCACUGCCGGUCACCGAAAAGCGCCCGUUUGUGGAGGAGGCUGAGCGCCUGAGGGUACAGCACAUGCAGGACCAUCCCAAUUACAAGUACCGGCCCAGACGGAGGAAGCAGGUUAAGAGGAUCAAGAGGCUGGACUCUGGUUUCCUGGUGCACGGCGUGGCUGACCACCAGGGCUCAGGCCUGGGGAGCGACGGCCGGGUGUGUGUGGAAAGUCUGGGCGUGAACUACCACGAGCACAGCUACCAGGUCCCGAGCCAGCUGUCUCAGCUCGGCCACUACAGAGAGCCCCAGGGCAUGGGGGCCCACUUUGAGUCCUACAACCUGCCCACGCCUGACACCUCCCCCCUGGAUGUUGUGGAGAACGACUCCGUCUUUUUCCCUCCGCACGCCCAGGAAGACUGCCACAUGAUGCCCACGUAUGCGUACCACCCGCAGGCCGCCGCAGAGUAUGCCACCCAGGACCACCACGCCAACCCCCUGCUACACAGACAUCUGCCCCCAGCCGAGCAGGCAGGCCAGGCCGGGUCCUUGUCUGGUUACGUCGGCUGCCCAAACCCCCUGGCCAUGUACUACAGCCAGCACUGCAACUCUGGCAACCCCAAACGCCACCAGGGUGGACAGCUCUCGCCCCCACCCGACUCCCACUCCGCCGAGAAUGUGGAGCAGAUGCACCAGUCGGAGCUCCUGGGAGACGUGGACCGGAACGAGUUUGAGCAGUACCUGAACUCCUCCGUGAGGCCGGACCUCGCUGGCUUGUCUUUCGGCGGCCACGAGCCCAACAUGGCUGCUCCGGAGAGCCUCAUCUCCUCCGUCCUCUCUGAUGCCAGCACAGCCGUGUAUUACUGCAAUUACAACAAUGCAUAACUACUCCUUCCCCCCACACACUCUGUCUGGCUAGAAGAAAUGCAUCCAAAUUGUCAGUACUGUGCCAGUAUAUUAUUUACAUAAAACCACUCUGCCUCUGAAGCAAAAAUAGGCAGAAAUUAUUACUUAAUGUGUGUGUUUUUACAAAUGACGGAAGUUUAAAAAUGAAAUGUCUCACCAUAAAGUCAACCCCGAAAGCAUUGGAAUGAAAUGUACACAUACUUCGCCCAUUUGGCUGCUUAUUUGCAUUAAAAUCUCUCAAAAAUACAGGAAAUCUGUAAAUAACUUUUUGAUUAUGAAACAAAUGUACAGUUUAGUAUUUGUAAGGUGUAUGUAUAGGUGUUUUAUACUUUUGCACUUUUGAAAAUAAAAACAUGAAUUGAAAAAGCUA